AUGCCUACCCAGGAACGCGUGCCCAGCGAAAAACCAGAGAGGCCGCUGCUAGUGGAGCUGAAGAAUGGCAAGCUGGUCUUCAAGCAGAAGUCCCUCUCCUUCGAGAAGAUGUCCGAGACCAUGCAAGAGAUCGUCAACUUCCGCGAGAUGCUCGAGGAGAGGCUGGCAGCCAAGCAAUCACCCCUGACAGCCGUCCCGGACGAGCACAAACCCGUCAUUGCCAAGCUUGUACACGAGAGCGACAAGACCCUGCAGGCCCUUGCAAGGCAUAUACAGCAAGAGCUUCUACCGACCAUGGACGAAGACGAGGAAGAAGACGCUACUCCCGCUGUCCUCCCGCUCGCCACGGUCGAGGAUGCCAUCAAGUCCGUCGCGAGACGUGUCAACUACGGCCUGGAUAAUCCUACCGAAGGUGGUAAGGUACCUGCUGCCUGGCUCAUCUGGCGAUGGGAGGUGUCGGAUUCGUGUCGGGACUGGCUACCGAAGAAUGCGAGGGAGAAGGUGGACAACAGGUAUAGGGAGCGUCAGCAGCUCAAAAGCGACGUGAAGACCCUGUUCGACUCCCUUGCCGAGAACGAGCAGAUAGCCAUCCUCGGGACGAAGUCCGUGCCCAAGACACCUGCCCGCGCGAAGCUCAAUGUUACGAAUAGCAUUUCCGACACAGAGAUAAUCGACCUGCGCGAUAGCGCAAUGAAUCCUACCCCUCCUGCUCCAUCCAAGGACGGUCCGGAGAACGGAGAGGAGACUCAGCAAGACGGUCCUGAGAAGAAGGGUGCAGGAAGACCAAAGAAACCGCUGGACACAGAGAAGGCGGCAGAAAAAGCGGCGAAGGAGAAGGAACGGCAGGAAAAGAAGGCAGCGAAAGCCGAAAAGGAGAGGAAGGCCCUGGAGGCACAAGCAAAAUCCCGCUCGAUUAUGGCUAGCUUCUUCGGCAAGGCCAAACCCUCUGCGAGUGCAUCUCCCGCGAAGCCUCUGGCGUCCAAGGACGGCGAGAGCGGCUCUCCGGGACCGGCGACGGUGCAGUCAGACUUUCAACGGGCCUUUCGACCGUUCACUUUGAAGAAGGGCGCAGAACUCGCUCCUAUUAACUGGUUCAGAGACCAGAGGAAACGGGAGCGUCAGAAGCGAAGGCUGGAGAGUCGGACGGAGGGGAACGUGAUCGUCAUAGAGGAUGAGGACGAGCAGAAUGAUUCGGAGUUAGCGGACGUGGAGAUGGAGGAUAUACAGGAGUCGGAAGCGCAGGGCCCUCGAGAACAUCUCCAGCACAUCCUCGCUCGCCUACCCCCAGGCCUCCACUCGCCCCGCCGACGCCGCCAACCCGCCGGCUUCAAGAUCUACCACCCCCUCCCCGUCCGCACGCUCAUGGCGCAGCUCUCCGAGGCCGAGGUCGCGGGGGACGACACCGCCGUGCGGCGGCUGCUCGCGCUCCUGCGCGACCGCAGCGCGAUCCCCGCCAAGGCGCUCUCCUUCCACGAGGACGCGCGACCGGGGUACUUCGGCACGUUCACGCGCUCGUCGCGCGAGAUCGGGCCGCGCACGCCGUUCGCGCGGGACGCGGUGCAGGUCGACUACGGGCACGACUCCGGGGAGGAAUGGGCGGAGGAGGACGCGGGGGAGGCGGACGACGUGCUCGACGACGGGGGCGAGGAGGAGGGCGCAGAGGACGAGCGGGACUCGGAUCUGGACAGCUGGCUGGUGGACGACGAUGAGGUCGAGGAGGAGGGGACGUCGGGAGGGGAGAGGGUGGGGUCUCCUGGCUCCCCGGAGCUCGAGCUGCUGCCGCUGCAUGGGGCGGGGGCGAAGCGGAAGACGAAGGGGGAGGAGAAGGAUGCAGAAAGGGGGGAAAGGGUCGGGGGAGGGAAGAAGAGGCGGGUCGUGGUCCCCCUCGUGCCGUUCUGCAAGGGCCCGGAGUGGGAGACGAGCAUCGGGCAGUGCGCGUACGCGCCGUUCGGGGCGUACCGCAUCCAGCUGUUCAACGACACCCCGUUCCCCAUCGACCCCUUCAAGUUCGUGUCGGCCCCCAUCGAGCAGCAGGUCGCUGGCCCAAGCGGCCAACAUAAGGCGCAGACGGCGGAAGGAUUCGUCAUCCCCGCCCUCCCUCCGCACCUCGCCAAGUCGAAUCCGUUCGCCUCGAGCUCGUCGCCCUCCGCCUCUGCCUCCUCCGCGAGCCCCUUACCAAGCUCGGCCGGCGCGCCGGCGGGCGAGAAGACGAAGCGCAUCGCGCAACCGCCCAAGAACCCGUUCCCGGAGGCGCACAUGCCGCACCUGCUCGCGCGCAUCGACGGGCUGGCGACGAGCAGCCUGCUGGGGAUCGUAGAGACAGUGCACCGGGAGCUGCAGGAGCAUAAGGUGAAGAAGAAUGCAAUCGAGGCGAAGGUGCGCGAGGUGGGCGAGAAGUGCAAGGAGAAGAAGGUGUGGGUCGUCAAGGCGGACGUGCGGGCGCAGUAUGGGCUGUCGUGAGUCGUUGUCCGUGCCGAGAGGGGCGUUUCGUCACUUUCGUGUGUUGUCCGAGCGGUGCUGUUGUGGUGUAU